AUGACACACCCUAGUGACACUGAAGCUUGGAGACAGCUUGAUACCUGCUUCCCAGAGUUUGCCUCGGAUCCACAGAAUGUUCGACUAGGGCUGUGUACAGAUGGUUUUGCUCCUCAUGUCCCUGGUCCCAAAAACCCGAAGGGCAUUUUAGAUGUGUACAUGCAACAACUGAUACAAGAGCUGAAACAGUUGUGGGAAGUUGGCGCAAGUACUUAUGAUAUAUCAAAGAAACAAAAUUUCAACCUUAGAGCAGCCAUCCUAUGGACCAUUAGUGACUUCCCUGCAUAUGGUAUGUUGUCUGGAUGGUCCACGACUGAUCAUCCUUUCCGAAAAAGUAAAACAGCAUUUUGCAGAAACAGAGUUGAAAAAGGCUCACCGCCGCACAUCAUGUCAGGGGCGAAACUUUGGGAAUGUGUGAAAGACCUUCCGAGGGCCACCGAUGGGCCCGAAUCACUGCAAGAGUUGAAAAGGGAAAAGAAAGGGUGGUUCAAGCAAAGUUGCCUGUGGGAGCUUCCGUAUUGGAAGCAUUUGCUGAUUCGUAACAACUUAGAUGUCAUGCACAUUGAAAAAAACUUCUUUGAUCAAACAUUUCACACUGUAAUGGAUGUGAGAAGACAAACUUCUGACACACCUUCGGCCAGAAAUGACAUUGCCAAAUAUUAUAGGCGACCUCAACUUCAUCUACAGGCUGAUGACAGAGGGAAUGAGGUCAUGUCAAAGGCCCUAUUCUGCCUCGAUAAGGGUCAGAGGAAGGUUUUGUGUGAGUGGGUUCGUGACCUGCGAUUCCCUGACAGUUACGCCUCCAAUUUGAGCAGAUGUGUGGAUCUGCAGGUGUGUAGAAUACACGGAAUGAAAAGUCAUGAUUGUCACGUGUUCAUGGAGAGGUUAUUACCUGUCGCAUUGAGAGAAUUUCUCCCUGUUCAUGUCUGGAAUGCAAUUACAGAGAUCGGUCAAUUCUGUAGAGACUUGUGUUGCUACACAAUCACAGUCAGUGAUAUGAUGGAACGGUUGGAAAAGAACAUUGCCGAGAUCCUUUGCAAACUGGAGAAGAUUUUUCCACCUGCAUUCUUCAACUCCAUGGAGCAUUUACCCAUUCACUUACCGUACGAGUCAAAGUUAGCUGGACCUAUGCUGUAUCGAUGGAUGUAUCCAUUCGAGAGGUUCCUGAACCAUAUAAAACGGAAAAUUGGCAAUAAGGCUCAUGUUGAAGGUUCGAUAUGCAGCGCUUACCUUACUGAGGAGAUAUCAAAUUUCUGCUCAAAUUACUUCCAGCCGUCAGUUGACACAAAAACACGAGAUCUGGGUCGGAAUGUGAAUGCUGAUGUUGACACCUCCCUCGACACCAAUGACAUCCUAGAACUGUUUACGGAGGACACCGGUCGUGUGUCAACUGAGGGAAAAUUGAGGUGGUUAGAUGAAAAGGAAUUUCAACGUGCACACUUAUUUGUUUUAUCAAACAGUGGCAUAUUAGGUGAAUAUGAAAGGAAGUUUGAGGACCAUAUUCUUAGCACCCGUCCUACAUUGCGUAGAGAAGCUGUAUGGGAGACAUUCGAAACACAGUUCCCUAAUUGGUUUAGGGACAAGGUAACUGAAGAGAAACCAAGAUCUGAUGUGUUGCAAGCUUUGGCUGUGGGUCCGUUCAAGAAAUUUCGCACUUGGAGCCGAAUAUUUGUUAGCGGUUUAAACUUCCAUACGCAAGACUACGGCAGACAUAAGGGCACGAUCAAUUACGGUGUGUGUGUGUCCAGUCAAGAUGGAGGAGAGUAUUUUGGCAUGUUGCAAGACAUUAUUGAAGUUGUCUACACUGGUGCGAUCCCUGAAUACAUGACCAUCUUGUUUAAGUGUAGUAGGAUGGAUUGUGGUAGGGGUAUAAACAUACAUGAACAAUACAAGGUUGUUGACGUGAAUUAUACUAAGAAAUACCCCAUAUAUGACCCAUUCGUGCUGUCUUAUCAAGUUGGUCAGGUAUAUUAUGCACCAUAUCCGAGCCUCAAACGAGAUCGGUUUCAAUGGUGGGCUGUGUUUAAAACGCAGGCAAGGUCCGUUGUGGAUGCUCCUGUUGACCCGGAGUUCUUGCAAGGAGCACAAACACGGGAAUGCAGUACACUCUGCCCACCAACUGAUAUCCCAGACUACAGUGACGAUGGUCGUGCAUUUGUUGUCUCCGAGGGUGAGGACGAUGAUAUUGUGUCUGCUUCUGAAGACGAAUCAAGCGUCGGUUCAAGUGACAACGAAGAGGGCAGUGACAAGGAUGAGGACGACAUUGUUGUUUUUUAUGAUAGUACUGAUGAUAACAGUAGCGAUCAUUGUAGCAGUAGUGAUAGUAAUGAGUAG